AGCACUUGGGCCAAUGAAAUGGAACUGACUAACGUAGACGUCAAACGUGAUAGAUACUUGCGGUUCUGUUUUUUAUUAACUGUCGUUUAAAACAAGAAAACCGGCGGCCGGGUUUUCAAGUUGUAAAUAACAUUUUUAUAUCACCAAUAUCUUUUGCUCAAGAUUUUCAAUUCCUGUUGAUCGGAAACUUACACUUUUUAUAAUUAUGUCUGAAUGCAGUGAUUUGGACAGGCAAAUAGAGCAGCUAAGAAGAUGUGAAAUUAUUAAAGAAAGUGAAGUUAAAGCACUGUGUGCCAAAGCGAGAGAGAUUCUUGUUGAAGAAAGUAACGUCCAAAGGGUAGACACACCAGUUACAGUAUGUGGUGAUAUCCAUGGACAGUUUUACGAUCUGAAAGAACUAUUCAGGGUUGGUGGUGAUGUACCAGACACAAACUAUCUUUUUAUGGGUGACUUUGUUGACCGGGGAUUUUACAGUGUUGAAACAUUCUUACUAUUAUUAGCACUUAAGGUUAGAUAUCCAGACCGCAUCACGCUUAUACGUGGCAACCAUGAAAGUCGUCAAAUUACACAGGUUUAUGGUUUUUAUGAUGAAUGUCUACGAAAAUAUGGUUCUGUGACAGUGUGGCGGUACUGUACAGAGAUAUUCGAUUACCUCAGUCUCUCUGCCUUUAUUGAUGGAAAGAUUUUUUGUGUUCAUGGAGGUCUAUCACCAUCAAUCAAUACCUUGGAUCAAAUUAGAACGAUUGACCGCAAACAGGAAGUGCCACAUGAUGGACCAAUGUGCGAUUUACUGUGGUCAGAUCCGGAAGACACGCAAGGUUGGGGUGUAAGUCCACGUGGAGCAGGUUAUCUAUUUGGUAGUGAUGUUGUGGCACAGUUCAAUGCAGCCAAUGAUAUAGAUAUGAUCUGCCGAGCGCAUCAAUUAGUCAUGGAAGGUUACAAGUGGCAUUUUAAUGAAACUGUUCUUACUGUGUGGUCAGCACCAAAUUAUUGUUACAGAUGUGGUAAUGUUGCAGCAAUCCUUGAAUUAGAUGAACAUCUACAGAGAGACUUUACAAUAUUUGAAGCAGCUCCACAGGAAACUAGAGGAAUCCCAGCUAAGAAACCACAGGCAGACUACUUCCUCUGAAAAUCCUUCUCUUCUGUACACAUAGGUGGUACACCCUCAGUAGAUAUCAGUAAUUGAAAUGAAAAUAGCAUCAAGAAAAUAAGAAAACAUUUUCUUGUCUUGGGAAAUUGGGAGUAACUGCCAAGCACGCUAUUUUGUAUUUGAACGAUACUUGCCCUUGUCAAAGACUUUAGCUAUCUCUGUGUACAUUUUAAGAACUGUUUUUAUAAUAUAUAUAUUAUGUCGUUUAGUUUUUGUCAUGGGCUUGUGAAACAAUGCUCCUGUAUGAAGGAUUUACAGAAAUGGCCUUUGUAAAAGCUACAUUUUAAAGAAUUAAAAAAAAAACCUACCUUGUUGUGAAACUGUUGAAGCAAUGCUUAUUUGUCUGACAAACUAUCGUGAUUACAUUCUGCAUAAAGUUAUUGUGAUAGCUUUUCCUCCCCUCAGUUUUUGACAUUUGCUUAAAUUAAGUGAACUGUGAAUUUCCACAAUAACAAAGUACUUCUGAGGCUCCAGUAUCUUAUUGUAUAAGCACAGCAACGUGUACUGUUGGAUAGUGUUUUUUGAUGUAUAGUAGAUGGACCAAUUCAUUUAGUAAGGGCUUUGUAAAUAUUGCAAAAAAAAUCAAAUAAACUUUUAAAAAAAAUUCGCAUUACUUUAUUUGUACUUAGCUUACCUGAUUACAGUGGUCCAAAUUUGGUAAUGAAAUUAUAUUGUUAGUUUGUAUGUUGUAAAUGUCCAAGUGAUAAAAUUGCGGGUAACAUGCAUAUCUAAGGGAUUUUAAAAAACUGAAAGAAAGAAAAAAAAAAACUUUUAGUAAUACUUAAUGUAUAGCAUAUCAUGUUGACUAUUUUACACCAACCAUACCUACCAUGUUCACUGUCCAUGUGGGUGUACCAUUAUUUGCGGGGUGGUAUGUUUAAAUUUGUUGGAAAAUUUUGUUAGUUUGUUUACAGAGUAAAUAAGCCCAUAUCAACAUUUUAUUGAUAUUUUUGUUCAAAAAUCUGUUAUAUUUUGAAAAUUUGUCUUUUUUUUUUUUUUUUGAAGAGUAUCUUUGUUCUGAUUCUAGUCCAGCCCAGCCACCACUAGCAGAAAGUUUAUUCUCAAUUAGAUGUACCGGUACACCGCCUAUGUUUAAAAGCAUAUGCAUAAAUGCACCCCUAAUUUUGUGCCCUCGGUUUCAUAAAACAUUUUUCCAUAAAUAAAUGUGCUUGUUUCAGUUUAAUGUGCUAAAACGCCAGUUUCUUUAUUCUAUCCAUUUGUGUUGUCAGUAUUUUGCCAGUCUUCUAUAAUUGAGAUGUAAUUUUUGUGUCAAAAAUAAUUUUCCAUUUUAGGGUCCAACUAUGUACAUGCAUAUUUUACAUCAUGCACGUUCAAAUAAAAAGAAUGAUCGACCGACCGA